AUGUUCGUCCGCAAUGUUUUGUCCCGCGCGUCCACCGCCACUUCCCGGACCUCUUCUUUUUCUGCUUCACAUAGGCCCCAACACUUCUCCAACCACUUACAUUCCCUCAUUCCCCAAUCCCCCAACAAGGUUUUUUAUCAGUUGAUUCCUGAUCAAGUCAAUUUGUUACUGCUACGGAUAAAUUCAUUAUCAACAACUCCAAGAUUUAGGUUUUCUUCAUCAGCUUCAAGUGAAACUAAUGACAAGGAAAAAGGGAAUAAUGUGCAUAUUGGAGAGUCUGCAAACGAAGAGGCGAAGAAUUGUGAACAGUCUGGAGAAGCUAAACCUGCAGAUAAAACAGAGUCAGGUUCCAUUUUAGAUUCUCAAUCUCAAACAGUCAAAGGAAGGAGGAAAGGUUUUAAACGAACAGCAUUUUCUGAAUCAGAUUCAGAUUCAGAGAGUGAAUGUGACCUAUCAAGGGAUGAUUUAAUUAAACUAGUGGCUGAUAAAGAAGAACUUUUGAAGUUAAAGCACAAGGAGAUUAAACAAAUGCAGGAUAAAGUUCUGCGUACUUAUGCUGAUAUGGAGAAUCUCAUGGAAAGGACGAGACGUGAAGCAGAUAAUUCAAAAAAGUUUGCUAUACAGAAUUUUGCAAAGAGUUUACUGGAUGUUGCGGACAACUUGGGAAGAGCUUCCUCAGUUGUGAAGGAAAGUUUUUCAAAAAUUGAUACACCUAGUGACUCGGCUGAAGCGGUAAAACUUCUGAAAACACUUCUGCAAGGUGUUGAAAUGACCGAGAAACAAUUAUCAGAGGUACUUAACAAGUUUGGUGUAGAAAAAUUUGAUCCUACGAAUGAGCCUUUUGAUCCACACAGGCAUAAUGCCGUCUUCCAAAUACCUGAUGGUUCUAAGCCUCCAGGAACCGUUGCAGCCGUUCUGAAGGCAGGAUAUAUGCUUUAUGAUCGUGUAAUUCGACCAGCGGAAGUUGGUGUAACCCAAGCAAUCGAGGAUGACGAGAAAAAGGGAAAAGAUGGCGUAGCUGAUAAGGGUUCAUAG